ACGCGCAAACAUCACCACCAUGUCUGACUCUGUGAUAAUCCAGGCGCCUCCCGCCACCGAGACUGCGCCUGUCAAGGGCAUGAAGAAGAACGGCAAGCAAUGGCACGAUAACAAGGCCCCGUUCCGACCAAAGGCAGGCCAGUCGUCAUGGGAGAAGCGCUCAGCUGAAAGGGCGGCGCUUGCUGCAGUCAAGGCCAAGGAGAAGGAGCUCAAGGAAGAGAAGGAGUCGGAGAGACAGCGACGAGUCGAAGCCAUCAAGACCAAGCGCGCCGCCAAGGAGGAACGGGAACGAUUCGCCAAGAUGGAGGAGAAGAUGCACAAGAGGCGUGUCGAGCGUCUGAAGAGGAGGGAGAAGCGCAACAAGAUGCUCAAGUCGUGAGCGGUCAACCAUUUGUUGCUGUGACUAGAGAAAUGCCGCUUCGAGAGCAAGUCAGACGGGUGCAAAUCAGUAAGCGCAGGGCGACAAAAAGCAAUCAGCCUGCAGCUUCAUAGGCAGGAGCAUACAGGGCAUGUGCAGUGGACUGAAGGGCGGCAUGAUGCCCCUACUACAACGUGUAGACGCAAGAAAGUGAUACCCUGAGCUUCAAACAAUUAAACAAGUAGAUAGCAACUACAAUCUCUGCCAUAGUUUGCGCAUUCUCACUUUG